AUGUGUGUGUGUGUGUGUGUGUGACAGCAGCUGAACGACACACAAGAAGUCAGAGCGACAAAGAGAGACCGUGCGUCUUUCCUCAGCGGCUCACUUCUGUGAGAGUUCAUUAGUUUUGUUGCCUGUAGAUGUGAAUGCCACUCAGUGUGUAAGUGAGUGUGUGUGUGAGAGAGAGUGCAUGUGUGUGUGUGUGUGUGUGUGUGACAUGCCUGAGGAGGAAUAUUAGUAAUACAAGCUUCACAAUGGACAGGGCAGCUCUGGAUAUCUCCACCAGGAACCCUCAGGACGACUUUGAGAUCCUGCUGAGAGUCGGAGGAGGAACCUACGGAGAAGUUUACAAGGCACGUAACAAACAGAAUGGAGAACUGGCGGCCAUCAAGGUCAUCAAGAUGGAGCCAGAGGACGAUUUUUCCAUCAUCCAGCAGGAGAUCAUCAUAGUAAAGAGCUGCAAACAUCCCAACAUAGUGGCGUAUUACGGCAGCUACAUACAACAUAACAAACUGUGGAUCUGUAUGGAGUUCUGUGGAGGAGGCUCGCUCCAGGAUAUCUACCACGUGACUGGUCCCCUGUCUGAGCCACAGAUAGCCUACAUCUGCAGGGAGAUGCUACAGGGCCUGGAUUACCUGCAUGCACAGAAGAAAAUCCACAGAGACAUCAAGGGUGCCAACAUCCUCCUCAAUGAUCAGGGCGAGGUUAAGUUGGCUGACUUUGGGAUCUCCGCUCAGAUCACAGCCACUCUGGCCCGACGGAUGUCCUUCAUUGGGACGCCAUAUUGGAUGGCACCAGAGGUGGCAGCAGUGGAGAUAAAAGGCGGCUACAAUGAACUAUGUGACAUCUGGUCUGUGGGCAUCACAGCCAUAGAGCUGGCAGAGCUACAGCCACCGAUGUUUGAUGUCCACCCGCUGCGUGUCCUGUUUCUCAUGUCCAAGAGCGGCUACCAGCCUCCUAAACUGAAGGACAAGUCUAAAUGGUCGUCCACGUUUUAUAACUUUGUCAAAGCCAUGCUGGUGAGGAACCCGAAGAAGAGACCCAGCGCCGCCAAGAUGCUCUCAAACACGUUUUUGACCCAGCAGUGCCUGAACCAGGAGCUGACCCUGGACCUGCUGGAAAAGUUUCGCCACCCUGAGAAACUGAAGGCCUGCCUGGCGACGGAGGAUGACGAGAUGGAGGCGACACUUCCUGGAUCGUUAAGGAGGAUCCAGUCCAUCAACAAACAUAACCGAGCAGAGAGGACAAACUCUGACAUAAGCUUGGAACAGAUCUACACUCAGAGGCCUGUGAAGAAAGACUCACCAAAUGUUACGUUAAGGCCUUCACUGGGAUCAACUGGCAGCAGCAACAAGAGUCCUGCGAGGGACGAGGACACGGACUCAGAUGACGACUAUGACGAUGUGGACAUCCCUACGAUGCAAGCCACUAGUGACAUGGCUGAUGAAACUCCGCCUCCACUUCCUCCAAAGCCCAAAGCUCGCACCAGCUCAGAGGAAAGCAUGGCGGGGGAGGAUGAUCGGACGAGGAAGCCCUGCUCUCUGUACGCCUCCUCCCUCAUCAGGACCUCCAGUGGGACGCACGCCCGACCUACACCCCAACCACGACCCUCACGACACUCAGACCCUGCGUCCCUCCCCGUCCAGUUUACCAACAGCCCGCCGGACCUGGUUCCUCCUGAGCUCCCUCCUAAAGGCAUACGCAGACGUCGGCCACCAUCAAUGUACCCUGCUGAGUGCGUCAGUCCCAUCAUGAAGAAACCUCCCGUCUUCUUUAAAAAGGUCUUCCACGGCUGCCCUCUUAAAAUAAACUGUUCCACGACGUGGGAAAACCCAGCAAACAAAGACCAGCAUCUGAUCCUGGGGGCAGAGGAAGGCAUCUACACCCUUAACCUCAACAGCUCAGAGGCCACGAUGGAGCUGUUGUAUCCUGGGAAGUGUACCUGGGUCUACACCAUUAAUAACGUCCUCAUGUCUGUAUCAGGUAAAUCAUUGCAGCUUCACUCCCAUUCACUGAAGGAGCUGUACGAGCAGGCUCGGAAAGACCAGAGGAUCGUUGCCUUGCCGACUCACAGACUGUUACCUAGGAAAUGUGCAGUGACAUGUAAAAUACCUGAUACCAAAGGCUGCAAGACCUGCUCAGUCGCAGGAAGCAUCCAGCGAGGCUGUGUGUUCCUGUGCUGUGCUCUGGAGUCCAGUGUGGUGCUGCUGCAGUGGUACGAGCCCAUGCACAAGUUCAUGCUCAUUAAGCAUUUUGACUUCCCCCUGCCCAGCCCUCUGCGGGUCUUUGAGAUGGUUGUGAUGCCGCAGCAGGAGUACCCGCUGGUGUGUAUCGGUGUGUCCCGGGGGCCGAGCCCCAGCCACCCAGUCAGCAUAGAAUACAUGAACCUCAACUCCAACACGUCCUGGUUCACCAGAUCUGGCCUGGAGAAACCUUGCCCAGACGUUGUGCAGGUAAACCAGAUGGACAGUAACUCACUGCUCGUCUUCCUAGAAAAGUCAGUUCAUAUAGUUGACCUGAUGGGGGAGCUGAAGAGCAACAGGCUGAUCAACUUCUCCCAUGAUGUUGAGUCUAUAGUGUAUUUUGAGGACUCGGUCUUGGCAGUGUGGCGUCACGGCUGGCAGAGGAGAGCGCAAGGUUUCACCGAGGUGCAGGAGGAAACCACCGACCCCAGGAAGACCUACAGAUUGGUGCAGUCAGACAGGAUGGUCAUUUUGGAGACACGUCAGAUUGAGGACCAGGCCGGGCUGUCCAACCUCUACGUCCUGGAACUUGCUGAGAACUACGUCAUGCUGUCCUGAAUCUCCUGUCUGCUGGCAGAGGGCAUCAUGGGAAGCUUCCAACUCCACUUCGAUAUGAAUGCCUCUGCCCAGGACCUGCAGCAUCCACCUGGAGGAGUAAUGGACAAUUGGACAACAACAUUUGGGUCUGUCAUCGUCUGUCAUCGUUAACUCUGAUAGGCACGGAUGCAUCAGUGCCACAUUGUUUUUAUUUUGUAAUGGGAGAGAAAUGGCAGGAGGAUGUGAUGGCAGGAUGUUGCAAAUUCAUACUGACCGAAGAUGACUGAUGGGUUGUAGCCUUUAUCCCUCAACCUGGAGGAGUGUGCUCUUAUUUAUGCUCAUUUCCACUUGGUUUAUGAGAUGCAGAACAAUCUCUGGAAUCCUGACAACUGAGAAAACCCUAAAUUAACAGU